AUGUCAAGCUCUCCUGAUGCGGCCAAUCAUGAACCUACAGCCAGACCGCGAUAUCGUGCAAAAGAUUGGUGGCCAGACAUGAAUAGCGAUAUGAGUGUUUCACCUCAGCAAUCACCGUCCCCGCAAAAAGGAUACCUACCUACAUCACCCAAUGCAAGAGACUUUGUCAUGACACAGGCUAUCGACUCGGAGGGUCGACCUCGACAAACACCAAAUGGUACCCAAUUAGGCGAGGGGAAAUUGCAUGGCUCUCAGAACCGGCCGGAUUAUCACAAUAAAAUAUCGUAUUCUAAAGCAUUGCCGUCUCGCCAAAGAAUGACAGGAAAAAGAGUCAAUGACGAUCUUGGCCGCCCCAUAACAAGUGCCUCGCCGUCUGAAGAUAAACUUGCCACACUGUACUCUGAUCUCGCCAAUCCCAUAUCAAAUGCCUCGCCAUUGGAAGACAAACUCGCCGCACUAUAUGUCAACCUUGGCCGUCCUGUAUCAAAUUCCUUGCCAUCUGAAGACAAACUCGCUGAACUCUAUAACGGACUCCAAGGGUACAAAAACCCUGAUUCACACUCUGCAACUGAGCAUCCGUCAGAGUCUCCUCAGUAUCAAGAUUCGUCGACAUUUAAAGAUGCACUCGCUCUGAUCUAUUCAAACCUCUCACCUUCGAUUAACAGCACCACAUCACCAUGUCAAGAUGAUCUGGCUCGACUGUACCUCAAUCUUGCACCAGCCCAAGCUAACAAAUCCAAUCAUGCCAAAACCCCCUCGCCGAACCAGUAUAAUUCAGUAGCGGGCUUGCAGGACACCAACAGCUCAUCGCCACACGAAGACAAACUUGAAGCACUCUACACCCGGAUAUCAGGGCCUUCCAAUGUCUCUGAACAUUGCAAAAAAUCGGCAUUAGGUUCACCCAGUUUGAAUCGGAAUGCCUCGCCGACAACCUAUCGGAAUGCCUUGCCAACAACUUUCACAUUGCCAUCGCUCCACGAAAACGCCAAACCAUCAAGAUCAAAUCUUAUAACCGAUGACCUGGCCUCUAUGUACACUAAUUUGGGAGUACACCCUCCGGGAUCCAUGUCUUCAGUGGCUGCUCGCUAUGCACAUUCUCCUCACUCGCCUGAAGCCAACAACAUUGCUGGAAAACUGGCUGACAUUUUUAGUACACUCAAGCGCUCACCACAACCAUCUCGCCCUGAUAACUAUGACUCAAUUACCAUGAAACUACCUGACAGACCGGAUCCAUUUUUUGAUCUAACACCACUAUACGAGUACUAG